AAAAAUUGACGGAGGCAGUCCAGAAGGCGUUCUUCACCAAGGCCCUGUGCCGCGACCCAAUCCGCCCGGUCACCAUCGCCGAUCGGUCUUCGGAUCGGUCUUAACCGCGCUAGAUACGUCCUGGUACGGAUCUGUUCCAUUACUUGCAAUUAGACGGACAAGAAUGGUUGCUGCAAAUGACAGUCUACUGUCACCCACUAUAUCCUCUUCAGACAAGUGUAGCAGGAAUAAGAGAAAAUUUCUAGCAGAUACCCCCAUCCUAGACAUACCUGAUCCUUCUUUGAAGGAAAGUCCACCCCAGGACUAUGAUCCAUUUCCAUCCGAGCCAUUUGAAGAUUUUGAGGCACAUGUAAAUACAUGUAAUGCAUGUAGAGUCAUUAGUCUUAGUCUCAAAAAAACAUUGGAGGUGGAAGAUGGUAGAGAAGCUGACUGGAGUGGCAUGACAGAAACACAACUUGAGGACCUUCUUCUGAGUAAUUUGGACACAUCAUACAAGAAUGCAAUAAAAAAGGUCACUUCUUAUGGAUAUAAAGAGAGCAUUGCAAUUAAUGCUAUAUUAGAUGUUGGUCGGUGCUCUAGUUGCAAUAACCCUGUUGUGGGUAUCGCAGAACAUGCUUUGGAGUUCCUAGCAAGUGGGAAAACAGUGGAUGUUUCUGAGAGAGAGAAUGCAUCUGAGCAGAUUAAGGAGUUGGAGAAGAGCUUAUUAGAGGACAUGAUUGGCCUGCUAAGAGAAAUGCAGCCUUUCUUUAGUAGAGGAGAUGCAAUGUGGUGCUUGUUGAUGUGUGAUAUGAAUCUUUCCCAUGCAUGCCCAAAUGAGAUUGAUCCUUUCUGUAGUUCAGAAUGUAAAGAUGUUUCAGGUUAUUCUGCUUCUCGAUCAAUCUCUGGUUGUAAUUCCUAUAAAUCUACUUCUGUUAUGUCUGAGUCCAAUGCUGCAUCUGUUAAGUUAAACCCUUCAUUAUUCUAUCCCCAAACUUCCUUGAAAGCUGAAGCCUUCAGUUUGGGUAGUAUCUCCAGUUUGCCUUCUCAAUUCUAUGCAUCAGACAGUGUGCAUGGUGCAUUACCUUUGAAGGAGCCUCUUGUAUCUUCAUUUACAUCUUUGGAGAAGAAUCUCUUCUCUUAUAGUUCACCUAGUCCUUCUCUUCAAAGUGUAAAGCCUGCUGGAAGUAAAAAAUCAUUUUCCAGUAGUUCUAGGAAUCGCUACAGGUCAAACCACUCGGAAAGGAAUGGUCGAGUUCAUGGUUAUAGGUCAGGUUCAAGAGUAACUAAAACUAGAAACUUCACGAACCUAUUAUUAAACAAAAAAUGUCAGUCAGUUACAGGUUCCAUAAACAUUGAUCCCAAUCCCUUUCCAUCAAAAUUAGAUAAAACAGUUGAACUAACUGCUUCAGACUCGAUUGCAAUCCAGAACUUCUCUUUUACUGCUGGUUCAUCUAAUACUACAUCAUCUGGCCUGAACAAAGCUAGUAAGAACCAUUCUGAACCUUCUACAAGCUCUGAUGCUCCCUUAUCACUUACUACCAAUACAUGUCAAGAUGUUACUACUGGAACAAAGAGCAAUUGUGUUUCUAGUUUUGUUUACAAUCAGGAUAAUCCGAAUUGGAAAUAUUUGAUUGCCAAAGAUGAAAUCCUGCUUAAAUUAGUCCCUCAAGUUGAAGAGUUGAAGACUCAAGUGAAUGAUUGGACAGAGUGGGCACAAGAAAAGGUGAUGCAGGCUGCUCGUAGGCUCAACAAGGAUAAGGCAGAGCUUCAAAUUCUGAGACGAGAAAAAGAUGAAGCAGCUCGUCUCCUUAAAGAAAGAGAGACACUAGAAGUUAGUAUGAUGAAGAAGGUUGCAGAGACAGAGUAUGCAUGGUCAAAAGCCUGUGCUCAAUAUGAAAUGUCAAAUGCUACUAUGGAGAGGCUUAAAGAUGAGAACCACCAACUGAAGCAAGAAUUGGAAGUUUCUAAAGCACAUGCUGCUAAAUUAGCAACUAAUUGUCAAGAUGCAACAAUGAGGGAAAUUAUGACACUUAAGAAGAUACAGUCUCGGGAAAGAGAAAAGCAAACACUUGCUGAGGAGCUUGCUGCUGAAAAGCACAAAUUCUUGCAUCUCAACCGGGGGUUGGUAGAAGCUAAAGAGCGCCAUGACCAAAGUGAGGAUAGGUGGAAAAUUGAACACAAGGCAAAACAAGAUGCCCUCAUGUUGGUUGCUGCUGAAAGGAAGGAACGUGAACAAAUAGAAGCUUCAUCCAAAUUGGAGGAAGCUGCCUUGGCAUUAAAGGCAGAAAGUGAUUUACAAAGACACAACGAGGAGAUCAGGAGACUCCAAGAACAGAUUUCAAAAAUGAGGAUGGAUAGCCAUACAAAAGUUCCAGCACUCAGUUGGAACAUGAAUGCCCAUUCCAAUAUCGACAUAUUUAAUUCCCAGGUAUCAGAAAAUGAAGUACAGCGUGAUAGAGAGUGCGUAAUGUGCUUGACUGAGGAAGUGUCCGUUGUUUUCCUUCCCUGCUCCCAUCAAGUUGUUUGUGAAAAAUGCAAUAAGUUGCAUGAGAGGCAGGGAUUGAAGGACUGCCCUUCUUGCAGGACCCCCAUUCAUCGAAGGAUACAUGUUCGCUCUAUCUAAUGCUACUUCUGCAGAUACCUUCUUUUGCCUAAAACAUCGGUUUGAACUACUUAAUUGGAGGAUUGAUACUGAACAUGGAGGUCGUUCCUUUUUUUUCUUUCCAUUGAUAUCUUAAACCAUCAGACACACCAUUGAAGUGUGAAUUCAGACCUACUCUUCCCUUUUUAUCCUAUUACAUCUUUCAUUUUGUUUCAUAAAUACAUAAAUAUUGCCUUGUGGAACAGAAAGGAACAUGGCCAUAAAUGAACUUGGAAAUUUGAAUACAUGCUUCAUGGCACAUUUCAGUCAUGAAAUUGUCUGGCACAGCUUUGUUACUGCAUUUUGUCGAGUUUUAAU